CCGACCACUUCAACUUCCUCCUUUUUCUUUUCUUUUCUUUCUUUCUUUUGCUUUUAACACUCUUGAUCUAGGUUGAUUCAUUCAUUUUACAUACAAUUAUCGAAACGAUGACACUCGAUACACCUAAGCGUCGUGUAUGUAAUCUUUGGAAGGUACAAGAAAUGUUGAAGGCCGGUAUGAUCAGAUUGGUAAGAGGAAGAAAAAAAAAAAGAGAAAGAGAAAUAAAGUGAAUAUGUUCAAAAAAAAAAAAAAAAAAAAGGAACUGACGUUAUUACUUUAUAUAUAUAUUAGGAUGCAUCAUACCAACGCGAUAUUGUUUGGAAACCUCCCAAGAUGUCCAUGUUAAUUGACUCGAUCAUGAAGAAAUAUUAUAUACCACCAUUACUCUUUGCUAUAAGAAUGACGGAAGAUGGAAGUAAGGUUCAUGUUUGUAUUGAUGGUAAACAACGUCUUACUUCUAUUGCAAGAUUCACUCAAAAUCAAAUACCCUAUCUCGACGAUUCUACUGGUAGUAUUGAAGAAGUUUAUUUCAAUCCAUCACUAGAAAAUAGUCAAGUCACUCAUAAGGAUAAUAUCAAACAACGAUUUCUAUCUGAAGCUGAUCGUGAUACAUUUAAUGAUAUGGAAAUCUUAAUGCUUGAAUUUCAUGAUCUGGAUGAAGAUGAAGAAUUGGAAAUCUUUGCUCGCGUACAAAUGGGCGUUUCUAUUACUGGCGCUGAAAAACUUUUGGCCACGAAUUCUGAAGCAUCCAAGCUUUGUCGUAGUCUCCUGAAAGAGCAUGAAACUUUGGAUCACGCUCUACAAAAGAUGAAGGUACAACCGUUUCAAUAUGUCGCCCAACUUAUGUUUAUGAUCCACGAAGAUAGUGACAAGUUUGUAGCCACGCCAAAGAAGUUGAUGGAUUUUUUGAAAGAUCGACAUAUUGUGUUGGCGGAUCGUUAUAAACGAGUGGUAAAACGAACGAUCAAAACUAUGGACGAAGUCUUCAAGAAUCAAAAUGCCAAUCGAGCUCUCUAUUAUUAUCAUGGUCUCGACGGUACAAGCACAAAAUCACAUCUCAAGAACAUUGAAUUUAUCAUCUUUGGUUAUUAUAUCACUCAAUGCAAAAAAAGUAUCAAGGCACCUGAAUUGGCAUCUGAUCUGAUUGAUCUUCGACGGUAUCUUAAAGAAGAAUAUAGUGCUACGAUCCAUACUGGUAAUCCUUGUUGGUCAGCAGGAAGAGAAUGGGUGAAACGAAGAUUGGCAUCAAAAAAAAGAAGGACAACACCUGCAGCUUCAACAAUGGAAUAUUUUGAAGAGGAAUCAGAUAAUGAUGAUGAUGAUGACGACGAUGAUGAUAGUUCCAACGAUUUGGGUACAAGAGCAUUGAAUUCAGCAAAUCAUCAUCAACAAAUACUUGUCCCUCCUUCCAAACGUCGUCGAGGUCCUUCUUUACAAGAAUAUAUUGAUACCAAGCCAGAACAUAUUACAAUAACACCAUCAUCAACAACACUAGGAUCAACUUCAAAUGGACAUACAAAUGGACACACCAAUGGACGUGGGAAAGCUUUAGCAAGGCGAGGUGGAAAACGAUCUUUACCUUAUGCAAGACAAUAAUCUCUGUUUAUUAUUAUUUCUUUUUAACACUGAACUAGCUAGUCACUUCUA